GCGGUGUAUGAGGAAGGCCUGGAGCUCCGACGCGUCGCGAUUUGGUCACCACAUGGGGGGCCCAGAGGUCAGAGGUCCGGACCUCUUUGCUUUGGGGCCAGCUUCUUCGUCCUCUGUCGCUUCUUGGUGGUCGCAGCGCCCAGCAAGGGUCCCUGGAUGCCAAGAAUUGCCACACAUUGUCCGCCGAUUUUUUUUUUCGCGACGCGAGGAGGCGGGAGGAGGAGGGGCAGGACUACGCCGGUAUCGCCCCCGAUGAAGCGCAGAUGGCCGAGCUCGUCGACCAUGUGUCGACCGGCGCCCUGGGGCGGGCGCUGGUCUCGGGCAUCUGGGAGUUGAGCCCAGGGUUGGCUCACCCGCGGGGCCUGACCGGCUGCGCUUUCCUCGCGUCCUACGAGGUUACGUCCCUGCUCAACCUUGACCUCUGCUCCGACGGGGUCCACGCGCCCUUGAGGUGGUUCUGCCCGGAAGCCUGUGGGUGCGACCCGUCGUACAGCAUGAGCCAGUGCCCCGUCGCGUGCAUCCUCCCAGAGUGCCUCACUGAGUUCGCCGGGUGUGCUCACGUGCACCCUUGGUUCAGCGACGAGUGCCUCGCCGGGUACGACAACGCCGGCGGGCAGCCCACAUGCAAGAAGUGCACCGGCGGCGCAACGAGGCGGCGGCGGGCGACCAGCUGCACGGACUGCCCCGAGGGCUUCUUCGACGACGAGAACGUGGACGACUGCGAGCGGUGCCUGGAGGGGGCCACUCGGCGGCGCCGCUCCGAGUCCUGCACGGACUGCGGCCCGGGCAGCUACGACGCCGGCGACAGCGACGAGUGCACGCCCUGCCCUGGCGGGGCCACGACGCGCAGGCGGUCGACGUCCUGCGUGGAGUGCGCGGCGGGGAGCUACAGCGAGGGGGGCGUGGAGGACGACUGCCAGCCGUGCAUGGGCGUGUCGACGUCGAGGCGGCGGGCGGCCAACGUCAGCGAGUGCCCGCCCAGCUAUUACAACGACGGCAGCUCCGACGACUGCUCCCAGUGUGGCGGCCUGGGCGGCGAGACCCGGCGCCGGCGUGCCGAGUCCUGCACCGCCUGCCAGAAGUACGCGAGCUCCGAGGGCGAGGACGGCUGCUCGCCUGUGGACUGCCCCUCCGAUGCAACGGGGGAGAGCGUGUCUGCGGGCUGCUGGUGUGGCACCGGAUUUUCGGGCUCGAUCCGAGCUACGACCGAGUCGCCGUAUUAUUCGGGCGAGUGUGUGGAGCUGCCCUUCUACAUCAGGACCUCAGGAUUCUGCCCCGUUCCGAUAUUGAAUGCCGACCUGUGUGCGAAAGCCGCACAGGUGGUUGGUCUCAGAGCGACCUAUGAUGAAGACUUCGUGACCGAUCGUGCCGAAUCUUGGGUGGUGGUCGACGAUGACUACAUCCCAGGAGAUUACUCAUCGGAGCCGAGUGGGUGUUACGAGACGCCAGAUGACGGCUCUGAAUUAUUUAUCAACGCUGUCGGGGAGAACGCCUGCUCUUCAUCCUACAGGUGCAUCUGUCUGGGGUACGAGAACGAGUUCGCUUGCACGGAUUUGAGUGGCAGUAUUGGCGGCGCAGCUUGCCCCGACACUGGCAACAUCUCUUUCCAAGCAACCACUGAUUGCGAUGAUGUCGAUAGGUGGUCAUGCUGCGGGUGCGGCGGCGGGGAGCUCGAGAAGCCGAAUAACAACGGGUGCGUGGACACAGACGGCUUGUCUCUCCGCGCUCCGAUCACGGAAGGCACGCCGGGCCAGGCGGAGUCUUUCGAGGUUGAGGACAGGGGCCAGGUUGAGGACAGGGACGCCACCCCUUCACCUUCAACAGUCUCGUGCCUCCAGUGGGAUUGGGCGCCGCACACCUGCCAGUGGGCGAGUUACUACGAUUCUGAGGACUUCACCGCGACCGACAUGUGCUGCUCUUGCGGUGGGGGGACAUACGAGACCGAGACCCACAGCGAGACCACUAGGACAACCACUGAGACGACCACCGAGGCGACCAACGGGACGACCAACUGGACAAUCACCGAGACGACCACCGAGACGACCACAAACGCCAACGUCACUAUCGGCGGACCGCUCUGACCAGUAUGCAAGUGCGCAGGCUGCAGCCUGGGUUCCUCCAGCUAUUGCGACUCUGCUCGCCGCGUUGCCCGCUUGCGUCCCUCCUUCCGUCACUCCUCCUCUUUCGAGGAGGACGCCUCCUCCUUCUCCUCCUCUCCUGUGUAUACGCUGUGCCGCCCUGUAAAGCGAGGUGAGGACAAGCGUGCCUUCCUUCAGGGCAGGCGGGCCCUCCCGUCGCAGCCGCUCCUCCGGCAGCUCGUGGGCACCUCCUGGGCCCCUCGGCGUCCGCCGCCGUGGCUUUUGAAGGCCCGCGUGGCCCUCGGAGCUUUCGGCACGGGUCUCCGAUCGCUUCGUUGCGGACCAUUUCUGCUGAUGGCCUCGGGGCCGACAUCAGCCCCUGGAGGCCCAACGCGUAAAAGAAGUGGCCGUCGCGAUUUGUCCGCGCCCUUUUGCUCCUCCUCCUCCUCCUCCUCCUCCUCCUCCUCCUCC